AGGUCUGUAGACCGGGUCCAGUCUCAGGAACUGGUCUGGUUUCUGACCCACUCCACAGGUUGUCCUCAGCUCUGAAUCAGGACCUCUCACUGCGACCGGAACUUUCCCUCCUCAGAAACUAAACCAGGACUCACCUCUCCAGGUUCCGGUUCCGACCCACCGCAGGUUGACCGGAUAAUCCGGUCGUCCCCAUGCCGCCUUCAGGGACCCUCGGAAUUCUCCUAGUUAUGGGAUUGCCUGGAGCAGAGGACACUUCACUGUCAGGGAUCGUAACUUUAGUAAAAACAAACAAUAAAAAAAAACGUUAAUAAAAAUACCAAGAAGACAAAAACGUUGAAGUAAUCUUUUUCUAAAGCGAUCACAGAGCAGCGGGUUAAUGUUUAAACCUGGAGAUCAGCUGUGACAGUGUCCGGCACCGACAUUGUCAAUAAAGUUUUGCUCACAGAGUCAACAGGCCCGGUGUCAUGGCGGCUCCUGUGGCGGACAGCCGGAGCUGGUUUCCAGCGUUAGCUCUGGGAGUUUCUCUGCUCAAAUGUCUCUUCAUCAGCUGCUAUCAUUCCACAGACUUUGAGGUGCACAGGAACUGGUUGGCCAUCACACACAGUCUGCCGGUGUCCAGGUGGUACUAUGAGAACACGUCUGAGUGGACUCUGGACUACCCCCCGCUGUUCGCCUGGUUCGAGUUCGGCCUGUCCCACGUGGCUCAGCACUUCGACAGAAACAUGCUGCUGGUGGAGAAUCUGAACUACGCCAGUCCGUCCACGGUGCUCUUCCAGAGGCUGUCGGUCGUCUUCACCGACCUGGUUUUCAUCUAUGCUGCCAAAGAGUGCUGCAGGUGUGUUCAGGAGCAGAAAAGCUCUCGGGACGUCCUGAACCGGCCGUCCUUCGUCCUGGCUGUCCUGCUGCUCUGGAACUUCGGCCUCCUCAUCGUGGACCACAUUCAUUUCCAGUAUAACGGUUUCCUGUUUGGUUUCCUGUUGCUGUCGGUGGCGAAACACCUGCAGUCUCAGCACCUGCAAGGGGCGCUGCUGUUCUCCGUCCUGCUCAACCUGAAGCACAUCUACCUGUAUGUGGCUCCAGCAUACGGCAUCUACCUGCUGAGGAGCUACUGCUUCACCCAGGACAACAAAGAUGGUUCAGUCAGGUGGAGGAGUUUCAGUCCACUCCGUCUGCUGGCUCUGGGCUCCAUCGUGACCUCCACCUGCGCUCUGUCCUUCGGCCCCUUCAUCGUCAUGGGUCAGCUCCCUCAGGUCGUGUCCCGUCUCUUCCCCUUUAAGAGGGGCCUCUGUCACGCCUACUGGGCCCCCAACAUCUGGGCCCUCUACAAUGUGCUGGACAAAAGCCUGGCGACGCUCGGUGUUCGUCUGAAGCUGCUGGAGGAGGCGGAGCUUCCCAAAGCCUCCAUGACGGGAGGGCUGGUUCAGGAGUUUCAGCACUCGGUCCUCCCCUCCGUCUCUCCCUCCGUCACACUCGUCUGCACCCUGCUCUCCAUCCUGCCGGCCGUGGCGUCCAUCUGGUGGCGUCCUUGCGGCGCUCGGGGUUUCCUGCGCUGCCUGCUGCUCUGCGCUCUGGGCUCCUUCAUGUUCGGCUGGCACGUCCACGAGAAGGCCGUCCUCAUCGCCAUCCUGCCUCUCAGCAUCCUGGCGGUUGAGAGCAGAGAGGAUGCUGGGAUCUUCCUGGUUCUGAGCACCACAGGUCAUUACUCCCUGUUCCCGCUGCUCUUCACCCCCGCAGAGCUGCCAAUCAAAGUGGUCCUGAUGCUGCUGUUCACCAUCUACUCUGUCACUGCUCUGCGGAAACUCCACAGAGGGCAGGGCUCUCUGCUCCAUCCCCUGGAGGUCGUCUACCUGCUCGGCCUUAUCGCCGUGGCGAUCACCUGCGAGAUUGUCUUCCCUCUGUCGCCGUGGCAACAGAAACUGCCCUUCCUCCCCCUGCUGGCGACCUCGGUGUACUGCUCGGUGGGCGUCUGUUACUCCUUCCUGCGUCUGUACAUCAGUCUGCUGAGGCGGGAGGAGAAGCCCAAGCAGCCGUGAGACGCCCCGUCCCAUACCUGAGAGCUUGCAGGUUAGAUCCCCGACACACCUACGUCCGUCCUGCACACUGAGCCGGACGCUCAGACACUGACUGCUCACGGUGCGGACCGGCCAGAGGAAACAAACACUGCCUCUGGCUUUUAGCAGAUUCUUCUCCUUCUCCUUCUCCUUCUUCUUCUUGAACAUCGACCAAACACAGACACGUCACUUCACAUCCAGAUGUUUCCAGCAGCUACAGCAGUUUAGGGUCAGAACAUGAGCAACUGAUCGGUUGUGAGGUUCAGUGUGUGCUGUUCCCAGAGCCUGAAAUAUGAUCAAUACAAGACAAACACAUCGAUACCCAGCUACAGCUAAUUAAAGAUACAGCUCCUUUUAAAUUUAAGGAACCAGCUGAUGAUGUGAGUUUGGAUUCACACACUUUUGAUAAAAAGUCUGAGCAGCUGUUUCCACUGAGUCUGUGAAGACGUUAGCUUGUGUUUGGUUCGGCUGUGGAUGUGACAUCACACUGUGUCACAGGUGUUGGGUAAAUGACGUGUUAUUUUCCAUUAACUGCGUCAAGUUCAGGUGCCACUCUCUCUAGUGUGAAUGUAGUUGUUUGUCUCUCCACCUCUUAACCAAUGCAUGCUGGGAUAGACGCCAGUAUGGACGCUACAUUACUGGAAGGAUGAUGGACGACUGUUUUAAAUUAAAGACCAUGUGGACCAAAGCAGAGCUGAGAGACAGACGAUGACGAUGAUGAUGAUGAUGAUGAUGAUUGUUUUUUUAUAUUUUCAAAUAAAAACAAAGCUGAAGUUGUCACGUUUGUGUAUGUGAUGAUGUUCACUGUGACUGAAACCCUGAAACCUUCUUUAGAUCUCAAACUGGAUUCAGGUUCCUGGACCAUGAGGUGUGAGACUAGUGGGUUCAGGUCUUUAUGAUUACAGCUGCUUGUAAAGUUGUUAUUCAGACAAUAAUACAAUA